CUUUUCUCGUCUCGAGUUUGUGACAUCAUGCGCCAGCUAUUGAUAGCGCAUGAGUAGAGGUUUUGCAUUUCGGAGCUCAAGUAAACUGUGCCAGAAAUAAGAGAGCCUUAGGGGUCUGGUUUCCUCACAAAUUAAAAAUACUUUAUGUGUCUUCAAAAAUUGCCGGUUUAAUAGAUGAUAAAAAAAUUUAACAUCUAACAUGGCUAAACAAGAACAAGUCUUGAUUUUAGAGCCUGCUUCUGAGCUUCAUUUUGUAGGUCCAUUCACUGAUGUAGUCACUUCUUAUUUGAAAUUGAUGAAUCCUAUAGAUCGCCGUGUAUGUUUUAAAGUGAAAACUACAGCUCCGAAAAAAUACUGUGUACGACCCAACAGUGGUGUGUUAGAGCCUAAACAAGUAGUCAAUGUUGCUGUUAUGUUACAACCUUUUGACUAUAAUCCCAGUGAAAAGAAUAAGCACAAAUUUAUGGUUCAAACAAUGAUAAUGCCAGAUGGAGAUGUUAAUCUAGAUAAUCUAUGGCGUGAUGCCAAACCUGAAAGCCUCAUGGAUUCCAAGUUAAGGUGUGUCUUUGACUUGCCUGCUGAUGGAACUGUUCAAAAUAAUAAUUUAGAUACCAAUGCAGUGCAAGGAGAAGACAAAACAGCUGUUAAUAAAGUUGUGGUCGAUUCUACUGUAAAAUCCUAUCCAAAGACAUCUAAUCUAGAUUCGGAGUUAAAGAAACUUGCAGAAGAAAAUAAAAGGCUCAAAGAGGAAAUUCAUCAAAUCAAGCAAGAGAAUUCACAGUUGAAAGCUGAAGGUUUGAGGCUACGCUCCCGUGGUAAUCCAACCAGUGAUGCAGGUUCACAGUUGGGAGCUCCCAAAGAUACGAAACAUCACUUUGAUGACCGCUUGCAGGAACAGCCACAGUCUCCAAUGCUCUAUCUGGCUGUUAUGCUCACCAUUGGUCUAUUGGGCAUCUUUCUGGGGAAGUUUGUUGUCUAGAGCCACCAGUCGCACCUUCCCCUCAUCCUUUUGAAGCUACUGGUUUGUUUGAGAUGUAGAAGAGUUGCCUGGAAGCAAUCAACACACAGGAGAAAAAUAAAUUGGACUUUAGUGCCAGGAUUAUAAAUAGAAAUUUAAAAGCGGCAACUAUGAAACUGUCUAUAUUGCUUUUUUCAUUUUGUCUAGGAUUAUUGCCACCGCGUGUAUUUUGGGAAUAAUUUGUCUGCAAGUAACAGUGUUUUUUAAGACUAAAGAAGAACUUUGUUGGAAUUCUAUAACUUCUAAAAUUCGGGUACCUAUAUUUAAGAGCAUUUUUAUUAUAUAUGUGCUUUUCUUGUUUUCCUAUGUCAUCUUGUAGUGUGGAAAGUAAAUUAAUAUAUGUAUUAAAAAAAAGGGUCAUACAUUUAUCAAAAAUUUAUCUAACAAUGCAUUCAGAGUCAGAAUUAUUUAAUGAAAUGUACCAUAACAUUUUCUUGGAGCUGUGAUGUUUUAAAUUUGAGAGCUUUUAGCUUUAUCAUGAAAUGAAGUUUGCUUAACAGUAGUCCUGUGAAGCCAACUUCAAAACAGUUUAAAGAUGAAUUGACUUUAAUUCAACCUGUGGAGUGUGUUAGGCAGGAACAUGUUCUUUUACUGAAUGUUUGGUACGCAUCUUACCGACUGCUCAUUUUAAUUUUUAAAUGACAUGAAAACAAUCCAAUUAUUUCCUAUUACCACUGUAUCCUUCUUUCAACCUUGUUCAGACUUGUCAGUGUUACAACUCCAAGUAAUAAAUUUGUUAUGAAAUAUGCAAA